AAUUUGGUGGUGAGAAGAUUCGCUGUGAAAUUUUGUGGUUAGCCUCCUUCCUUCUUCGGGCUUGAACUUGACACACAAAUUUUCCAUGGAAAAGAGAUGCUUUUCCCCUGAUAUUCGCGUGAAAUCAAAUGUAGUGCGCCUUACCAAGUGAUUGCCAAACAGCGUAAGAUUGCACAGUCAGUCUCCAUGUGUUGCCCAAAGAAUCGCUUCCAGCUCUUGUAAACAAACAAGAAAAACAAGUGAGAAAUGUCAGUGAAAGUUUUCUUCGAGAUUGGACACGAUUCGUCCCUGAAGGCGAAGCCAACUCCCGAGGGCUUCACGCACGACUGGGAGUUAUUCGUGAGGGGAUGCGACAGUCACGAUAUCAGCCACUUCAUCGACAAGGUGGUGUUCAAUCUGCACGAGUCAUUUCCGAAGCCAAAAAGAGUCGUCAAGGAGCCGCCGUACUCAGUAAAGGAGUCCGGAUAUGCCGGAUUCGUGCUGGCCAUUGACAUUUAUGUCAAGAAUCGCGAGGAUCCCAAGAAGAUCAGCUUCUCAUAUGAUCUCGAUUUGAAUAUGAUACAGCGCAAGCAGACGGAGAAGUUCAUCUUCACAACGCCGUCGGAGGAGUUCCGGCGGAAGCUGCUCAAGGGCGGCGGUGUUCUGAUGUCUAACGCCACGAGUAACCUGGACGACAAGAGCAGGGACACAGAUGAGCGUACCAAGGGGAAGAUGAGUGCAAUUGGCGUGAAUGAUGCCGCGAAGAAACACAAGAUGCGACCAGAGGACCCUUUCACGAAUCUCUUUGGCACGCCUAUCACCAAAUCCUCCACUAAAGUGUCGCCAGACCCAAAGAGCAAGGCCUCGCCGAACCGCCUGGGGAAGCCUCAGCAGCCGCCGGCGGGUGGCAAGUCGAGUGGCGAGAAGAACGCUGCGGGAUCGAAGGACAGAGCGGAGAAGGAAUCAAAAUCGAAGCACAGCAAGCACACGAGUCCGCAUAGGGAGCGGAGCGGCGAGAGCAAGGAAGCCCGGAAAGCGGAGGAGAAGCACGAGCGGCGGGAGGAGAAGAAGAAGGACAAGAACUAUUCGAAGGAUCGCGAUAAGAGCAAAGAAAAGAGUGUGAAGAGGCCCGCGAGUCCCAAGCGCAGCCCCAAGCGACCCAGUCCCAGUCGGAGUGGCUCCACGGGCAAAGUAGAAGAGAAGAGUCAGCCGGCGGCGGCGCUGGGUGACCGAGGCGGCAGCAGUGGCAAGAAGAUGAAGAAAGAGAAGAAGGAGAAGAGCCACGAAAAGGCGGAGCGCAAAGAUCACAAGAAAGACAACGCGGAGAAGGCGCCGGCGGGGAAGGGUGCCACCAGUGAGAAAAGCGACGCGGCGAAGGCCGGCAAGGAGGCGAGUCAGGGACCAAAGGAGGCGCUCAGCAUGCGGGAGAAGCUCAAAGAGAUGAUCAAGACGCCGCCAGAGAUCACAGUGAGUGCUGAGGUGCCGAAGCCGCAGGAGAGGCGGCACGAGAAGGAGGGCGAGCGGAAGCACAAGCACAAGAAGAAGGACAAGGGCGGCAGCAGCAAGGAGAAGAAGAAGGACAAAAGCGCCUCGGCGUCUCGAGCACGAGAAGACACCAAUUCCACACCCACGAAGUCCGUCGCCAAAGCCGCCCAGGAGAGCGUAAAGAGUCACCAGGCGGACGGCGGCAAGAAGGCCUCGACGCCGCUGGACAAGCUGUACAAUGAGCUUGGCGACAGGGCGUCCAGUGACUCGGACAUGGAGAGCCCGGCAUCGGAGAAGACUGACAUGACCAGCGCGAUGGGGUGCGAGAACUCGAACAGCAGCGCGCAGGACGUGAACGUUCCCAAGGCGGAAGAGGUGAAGAGCUCGAAGAAAAGUCGCGCCGAGAAGAAGUCCAGCGGGGAGAAGAAGAAGAAGCGCAACAGGGAGGACGUGAAUGACAAUGCCACGACGACGGGGAAGGACAGUCCGGCGAUCAGCAAGAUGGAUCCGCCAGCCAAGAUCCCGAGGCGUGUCGGAGAGGAUCUGUACAAGAACGGCGAUGCCGCGCCGAAUACGGACGAGGGAUCUUCCUACCGGAGUGGCAGCGCCGCGGGCAGUGUUUCCGGCGCCGCGGCAAAUCCGCCGCUGUCCAUGGACUACAUGUCAGAACUAAAGGAUUUGCAGCACAAGAUCAUGACGCUGCAGGACAACAACGAGCUGCAGCAAGUAGUGGAGAUGAUCGCGGCCACGGGCCAGUACGAAAUCACCAGUAAGACCUUUGACUUCGACCUGUGUGCGCUGGACAAGAGCACGGUGCAGCGAUUGCAGGAAUUCUUCGCCACGUCGUGACGCGCAAUCAACUCAUUUGGCGACCAUUAAACCCAGGAGUAAUCCCCAUUCGCCCACUUUCCCAGGACCUCGUCUCACCCGGUGAGAUUAAUUCUUUUUUCGCUGUCCUGCUUGUUUUUGUGUACAUUUUCCCGCCCAGAUUUCUCGGCCAAUUUUAUGUUUCAAUUUUUAUACCUUUCACUCUAUUUAUCAAUCAUUUUGCCACCACUUUCUUUUAACUUUAAGGGAGAAAUUGAAGUCUAUAUUCAAUACCAGAAGUAGUGAAUAAGAGUAGAGAGUUAUAUAGUAGCAUUUGACGGUAGAAAAUUCAUCAUAUAAUUCAGGGUACAAUUCUGCGUAGAAGAAGUCUUCAAAUAUAAAAUGCCUUUUGUGAAUUGCAAUUUAAUAUAUAUUUGCGAUGAAAUAGAAGUUUGUGAUCAAAUAAUGCAAAGAAACUCAAAAGCAACAGUUUUCUCAGAGGGGCAAACCAAUGGAGAGCCUUAAAUGGACGUAGGUUUCACGAAAAAAACAUUUUAUACGUUAACUGAAUGUUCUGCUAAAUAGCAACAAAUGAACUCUGUGUGCCCUUUCCUUAUGUUGCAAAUAGUCCAAAUAACACUAUAAAAACUGUACAGCAUUUCCCUGUGACCAAUUUGCGCUUUCUCGCAAGAUUCCUUCUGUGCAGCUAUUCAAGUUAGAGGAUCCAAAAGGCAUGUGUAAUAUAGGAAAAAAUCGAGGUUUUGUCCACAUCGCAGCUGAACGCAACUUAGGAGAGCGAUUUUUUCUCUAUUUAUAGCGAUUAAUCACACCUGAGUUCUAAAUUACAGAUUGUCUUAUGAGAAUCCAUCAGAAUCUCAUAUGACAGUCUCAUGCUGUUAUAAGACAGAAAUGCCAAUAAACUUCCAGUCACGUUUUGAAGAGAAAGUCUUUUUAAUGAGACAUUUUCAAUGGGUGGCACUUCCGAGUAAAUGAUAAAAAAUCGCUCUACUGAAGUGCAAGAGUCUGAAAAAAAGUGUUAUAAGUUUUUCAAAUGCGUUUUCCAUUUAACUUGAAGCCUGUGUAGAAUUGUAGAUAAACUUUCAGAAUUACUCCCAUUUAAGACAUGCAAUUAGCAAAAUCCGUGGACUUGUGAAAUAAGGUUAUAUCUUAUAUUUUUGUAAGAUAAAACAAUCUUCGAAUGAAUUAAUUGUAGUUUUAUGUUCACACAAUGGCGAUUUUGAUUAUUUCAUGUAAGAAUUGAAGCGUGUUUGCGCGAAUUGUGCAUUUUAGAUAAUGAUUUUUAUAUAAUUUCAUUAGUUGUACGUUUUGAGACUGCAUCACACCGUUAAUGCUAAAUUUAUUGUAUAUUUACAAAAUUAUUCUAACUAUAAGCCUCUCUCCAUCCCUAAAAAAAAUUGUAUCCCACUAAUUUAAAUUAAAGAAAAAAAACUUCAAAUUUGUGAACACUGUUUCGCAAGGAAAAGAACAUAGUAACCAAUAGUUUUAAGU